ACAGGCGAAUUAUGACAAACUUGUAAACAAGUUCAGAAAUGCUCAUGCUGUUUGCAAGAACAAUUUAAGUUUUAAAACUUAUGAGAUGAUAUGCCAGCUCGAUAAAAUGAAGGGGUUGCCCACCAGUAGCCAGUAUGAAAGUGACAAAGCUUGUGCUGAGUUUUGUACCUCCAUAUCCAGAACCACUCGCAAUGACUCUUUAUCAAGCAUUAAAAGUGCAAAUUGGUGUAGUCUCAUGAUUGAUGGAUCAACCGAUUUCACUGGAGACGACAUGGAAUCCCUGUAUGUGAGAUCAUCAUCAAAUGGUUAUGUCCGAGACAUUUUCCGAGACAUUGGUUGCAGCGCAUCAGCUUGUAGUGCAGACAUUCAUAGUCAUGUACUACAAGUAUUACAGGAUCUGGAACUUACAGAUGUCAUGAAAGAAAAACUGGUUGGAUUUUGCUCUGACGGGGCUGCAAAUAUGAUGGGUAUCCACAGCGGUGUAUCCUCUCUCCUGAAGAAGGAUUGGCCCCACCUUGUGGUGACACAUUGCGUUGCUCACAGGUUAGAGCUGGCAUUUAAGGAUGCCAUGAAAAAGUGUGCCCCCAAGAACUAUGAGAAGCUCACUAGUCUUCUCAUGGGCCUCUUCUAUCUGUUUCGUCGAAGUCCAAAGCAGAAGAAAGGUCUUGAAAGAGCUGCGGAGGCUCUUCACAUGAAAAUGCUUCUACCUACUAGAAUUGGGGGAACACGGUGGUUGCCACACUUCGAGAAAGCUCUCAAUAUAUUCUCGAGAGGGUAUAAACUCUUCCUGUAUCAACUGGAAAACGCAUCACAUCAGAAUGCCAAGGCAGAAGGGUUAGCUAAGAUGAUGAGGGAUGGAAACCUUAUCCUGUACAUGCUGUCACUAAAGCGCGUCAUCAGCAACUUGCAGAGCCUCUCCCUGUACCUACAGACAGACCUCAUCAGCCUCGCAGAUGCUGCUCGACGAGUGCAGUCCUCAAAGACUGCCAUCUCACAGCUGUGUGAGAAAGAUGAUAGCACUGUCUCUGAUGUAAGCGCAUCAGAAACCUACAAGCAAGAGAAGCUUGUAUUCAGAGGUGUUAAGGCUAAGGCAGAUCAGAGUUCUCUUAUAAAAGAGAUUGUUGAAAAUCUAGAGGCUAGAUUUCCAACAUCAGAUCUUGUAUCUGCAACGAUGGUUUCUUCAUUUAAAAACUGGCCGGACCUUACAUCGGAUGAAAUUAAAGAUAGCACUUUCGGAGACAAAGAAGUUGAGACUCUCUACAGGCAGUUUGAAGAUGUUGCAUUUGGGAAAUCUAGUGAGGGCAUCGCCUUAGAAGAUGUGUUGGACCAAUGGGCAACACUGAGGACACUGAUCUACCACAGAUAUCCAUUCCAAGACAGGCAGAAGCUGACUUGGGUCACUGUAAUGGGCAGCAUGGCGGAUCAGCAACUAUAUGCAGUGUUCACACUGAUUGACAUUACUCUGGCCCUGCCCCCCACCUCUGUCAAGUGCGAGACAUCAUUCUCCGCCAUGAAGCUCCUCAAGAACAAGCGAAGGGGCCGUCUCCGUGCUGGACGCCUCAACGAUGUGAUGAUGGUGAAGCUCACGUCUCCAUCCAUCAAUGAAUUUGACCCAGACCUUGCGAUCAAGCACUGGAUGACUUCAACACCCAGUGGACAACCCCGCAGAAUCAAGAGAGAAGCCCCAGGAUCCCAAGGGGACUGUAUCGUGGUGUCAGAAGAGGACGAAAAAGAUGUUGCCAGCAACAAGGUGCCAGAGAACUCAGAAUAUGAAGAUGAUGAUGAUGAUGAUGACGAUGAAGAUAUGGAGAUGUCGGCGGAGCAUGCCUUUUCUGUUGUUUUGAAAAAUGAAUAAUAAAUGUUGUAAAUGGGA